CACCCUUUCCGACUGCGUCGAGCUGACUCAGAUGGUGCCCAUCCUGGUUGUGAGCGCGAAGAACUCCCUGGAGAACCUGCAAACCGGUGAAAGCAAGCCGGAGUUCGAGUGGAACGUCUUCGAGGACCUUUUGAUCAAUGCUGCGGGGCUCAAGCGUGACAUCGUCCAGCAGAGCAAGGUGCGUCGCGCGGCCUUCAUCCAGGAUCUGCUUCAGGCGAACAUCGGCGCGCUGCCGGAGGAGGCCUGGCCGUACAACGCGCAGU